AGCAAGGGAGUAUUGAUUAGUUGGACAGUGGGUGGGGUGUUUAGGCUUGGUCUUACUUAUUACGUGUUUUACGCUCUUUAUCCGUAUUAAAUAUAUGAAAUGACAGCAUUAUUGUCAGUUUGUUAGACAUUGAUUUCUUUCAACCGGUACACUGGACGGAGAAGGUGGUGGUGGUGGGAUGGCGGCGAGUCCCUCGCCCCAAUCCUCUCCCAUGCCCCCUCCUCAAGUUCCCUCACCGAUGGGACCUCCCCAACAAGCCCCCUCUCCCAUGCCCUCCCCCUCUGCCCAAAACACUCCAGCCAUGGGCCCCCCUCAGCACCAUCCCCACAGUCCCACUAACUACAACCAAGGAGGGCCUCCACCUGGUCCCAUCACUCACAUGAAUGGGCCAUCUGCCAUGCAACAGGGAACUCAAACCUUUCAGCAACAUUCAAUGGCUCAAACUCAAGGACAACAGCCUGUUCAAGCUGGAACACCCCAAGAGAACCUGAAUGCUCUACAGAGAGCCAUUGACUCCAUGGAGGAGAAAGGGCUACAAGAGGAUCCUCGCUACUCACAGUUGCUGGCCCUCAGAGCUCGGCAGGGCACCAUGGAGCCCACUCGCACCACCCAGGGGUUCAGUGGUAGCGGAAACGUGAGUACGGGUGAGGCCAGUCAGCAGGGUAAACAUAGCUUCAACUCUAAUCAGCUGCAACAGCUGCGGGUGCAGAUUAUGGCUUACCGUUUACUGGCUCGCAACCAGCCCCUCUCUCAGCAGCUGGCCAUGGCUGUGCAAGGCAAGCGGCUGGAUCCACCUGCCUCCACACCACCCUACCAGCGCAAUACUACACCGGCCCGAACCAG